CCGCACAAUUGAAAUCGGAGCACUUCCAAACAUUAGGCUAUGAGCCUAAUAGUAACUUUCAAUGUUUGUUUUUUUUGGAUGUCAUGAUGAAAAAAUGUAGUUGAAUCUUUUCCCCUUUUUCACAAAAGCGGUUGCCACAUCAGUAUCUGAGGUUUAACCAUCUUUUGGAUUGCAUUGUGCUUGUGUUAAAAGUGUUUACAGAAGGGUAUAGCCUUUAUUUUGCAGACGCUGAACACAUCGCAGACUUUUCUUUCCGUGCAGCAUAGUAUACCACGGUGCUGUUACCCCAGUUGUAACCGCUAAUAACAACAGGCUACAACAGGCUUCCAAGGUGUACGAAGAAAGACUGAAACAAUCGAGUUCAGGACUAUAUUGUCUGUGGAGGUCUCUAAGCAAGACAUACGCGAGCUGAUGAUCCCGGAGGAGGCCUUCUCCGUUGGCGAUAGGAGAUGCGGAUGAAACAAACGAUAAGACAGAAGAACUUUCAGGCCCCGGACUGAUUGCUGCUAUUCACCACUGGCAAUGCUCGUCAUAAAGUUACAUUUUACGCGUUAAGUCUCCCUGUUUUACUUUUUUGGUUGAAGCACUACGUCUCAGCACAAGUCCACAGACCAAUGGCGUUUCUAAUAAAGAAGAAGAAAUUUAAGUUUCAGACGCAUUUCACGCUCGAAGAACUGACAGCCGUGCCUUUUGUGAACGGAGUUCUAUUCUGCAAAAUCAGACUGUUGGAUGGUGGAGACUUUGCCAAAUCGUCCUCAAGGGAGGAGGUGCAGGAGAACUGCGUUCGCUGGAAGAAGAGGUUCUCCUUCGUCUGCAAGAUGAGCGCCAACCCCACCACUGGCAUCCUGGACCCGUGCGCUUGCAGGGUCUCUGUUCGAAAGGAGCUGAAGGGAGGAAAGGCGUAUGUAAAGCUGGGCUUUGCGGAUCUGAACCUGGCGGAGUUUGCUGGAUCAGGCUCCACUGUGCGCUGCUGUCUGCUGGAGGGCUACGAUACCAAGAACACUCGACAGGACAACUCCAUACUGAAAGUGACCAUUGGAAUGACUCUGUUAUCUGGAGAUCCAUGUUUUAAGACACCGCCCAGCACGGCGAAGUCCAUCACGGUGUCGGGCAGAGACACCUCCCUGCAGCUGGACUGUAAAGGGGAGGGGACCGGUGCGGAGAUCCCGCCCCGCCUCGCCAAGCAGCGCCCCUCCGUGCUCAGCACAGGUCUGCCAGAGGAGGGGGAGCUGAGUGCCUCCAGUCCAGAUGAGUCCUUCCACACGGGCCACUCCAGAAACUCCAGCUACGCAAGCCAGCAAAGCAAGCUGUCCGGUUACAGCACGGAGCACUCAUGCUCAUCCAGCCUGUCUGACCUGACCCACCGCAGGAACACCUCCACAGGAAGCAGCGCGUCGGGGGGGUUCAGCCACACCACAGACACCCCCCCUGAGGGAGAGUUGCGCCCAGAGAGACCCCCCCGACCCCCCCGACCCAUCCUGCCCAGCAACCGGCCCCCCAGGAGGAAGCAGGACUCGGUGGAGAGCCACCCCUCGUGGGUGAACGACACCCGCAUGGACGCUGAUGACAUCGUGGAGAAGAUCGUCCAGAGUCAGAACUUUGCUGACAUCAGCAACACUGAAGAUAGCAACCUGCGUCUGUUCGUCAGCAGGGAUGGCACGACGGCUCUGAGUGGCAUUCAGCUGGGCAGCAGGGUGACCGCUGGCGUGUAUGAACCCGUGGUGAUCGAGACCCAUUAGGCUCCAGAGGUUCCAGUUGGGACGCUGAGAAAUGCCACUCAGCACCCGACCCCUCCUGGAUCAGAACCGCUGCCUGUUUGUCUGUCUGUCUGACUGACUGUCUGUAUGAUUGUCUGUCUGCCUGUUUGUCUGUCUGUCUGACUGUCUCUGUCUGUCUGAGUGCUUCCUCUGCCAGGCCUUGCACUGUCCAAACCACUCCUAGUCUUCCCAGAGGACUUCCUGUCUAUUUGAGCGGUUUGCCGCUCUGGACUCUAACCCUGAGCACUAAUGUUACUAAGGCACUCAAGGAGAAUAUGCAUGCCAUAGACCAGAUUCCCUACAGAUUGGGGAUAUGCACGCCAUCAACCAGAUUCCCUACAGAUUGGGAAUAUGCACAGUGCAGAGAUUCCCUUCGGACUGGACUGAAGGCUGGACUUUUUCAUUCAAGUCACUGACUUUCUCAGAGGGACUGGCAGCGCAUGCUUUUGCUUGACGUUAGCGAUGAGAACUGAAUCCCUGAUGCUGCUGCAGGUCGGCCAUCUCCCCCUCACCUCUCUCUGAAGCACAGCUUAUCUCCCCUCUCUGAAGCACAGCUCAUCACCCCUCUCUGAAGCACAGCUCAUCAGCCAUUGAGAGAGUCUCAGACUCAUCUCCCCUCUCUGAAGCACAGCUCAUCAGCCAUUGAGAGAGUCUCAGACUCAUCACCCCUCUCUGAAGCACAGCUCAUCAGCCAUUGAGAGAGUCUCAGACUCAUCUCCCCUCUCUGAAGCACAGCUCAUCUGCCCUUGAGAGAGUCUCAGACUCAUCUCCCCUCUCUGAAGCACAGCUCAUCUGCCCUUGAGAGAGUGGCUGCAGACGUAGAGGUCUCUCAGUCAUCUCCCCUCUCUGAAGCACAGCUCAUAGCCUGCAUGUCACACUCCCAGUAGCCGUUUCUGGGUGAUGGUGGGGUAUUUUUGGAUUGGUAUUGACUGACUUGUGGUGUGUUGGGUGUGUAAUUUGUAUUGUUUGGUGGAGGUGUGGGUGUAUUGUUGUUGUUGUUGACUCCUAGAGAUGGGCAUGCAGUGUGUUGAUGAGCCAUAGUGGUGCUGGUGAAGGUUAUUUAGUAGUGAGAGGACAUGAUGUUUGUCCCCAUGUUUGUUUUCCUGUGUCGGCUGGUCCGGCAGCUAUGAGUGGAAAACAGACAUGGCUGCACACAUCUCUCUCUAUGACACUCCUUUUUUUCUCUCUCUCUGUCAUUCACUUUCCCUUUCUGUUAUGUUACAUUGAUGGCUUGCCUCUCUCUUGGUCACUCUCUGUCUGUCGUCCUCUCUCUCUCAUUCUCUCCAUUUUGUGCAUACACACACAUCUUCCUCCUGCAUGCUCUGCUGCAAGUGGAGCUGUUACUCUGCAAACCAACCCCUUCCUCCUCAUCCUCCCUUCUUUCCCAGAAUCCAUCACUCCAUUUAAAGGAGCAGGGUGUGCGCCACUGAGGCAGGGGCAGAUUGACUAGACUAGAGUAGGAGAGUAGGAGUUAGUGCACACUAGAGUAGGAGAGUAGGAGUUAGUGCACACUAGAGUUAGUGCACACUAGAGUAGGAGAGUAGAGUUAGUGCACACUAGAGUAGGAGAGUAGGAGUUAGUGCACACUAGAGUAGGAGAGUAGGAGUUAGUGCACACUAGAGUUAGUGCACACUAGAGUAGGAGAGUAGGAGCUAGCUAGAGUAGGAGAGUAGGAGUUAGUGCACACUAGAGUAGGAGAGUAGGAGUUAGUGCACACUAGAGUUAGUGCACACUGAGUAGGAGAGUAGGAGUUAGUGCACACUAGAGUUAGUGCACACUAGAGUUAGUGCACACUGAGUAGGAGAGUAGGAGUUAGUGCACACUAGAGUUAGUGCACACUGAGUAGGAGGUAGACGACAGUGCACACUUUAGAAUGAAUGGGGGGGGGGGGGCACAUGGUCUUGAAGAGUUCUUCAGCUUGUCCACACAUGAGCUCCACUUCAGCAAGAUCCCCUCUAGAGAGGCUGUGAGUGGAGGCUUUAGCGGGUUGCAUGGCAGCUGAAGAACCCUGAAGGACUGUCCACUCUCUGUCUAUGCUGAAUCCAUUAAAUAUGACAUUUUUCAUUGCGGAUGUUUUUUCGUGUCACACGUGUCGACCGUUAGGACGUGGUGUUAGGGACUACGGAAAUGUCCAGAUGUGGGACAUUUAGUUUAUGUCCCACCAGCUGGCUCUGGUGGGAAUGUGACCAUAUCUUCCUCAAAUGAGUCCUGAGAUCUGGGCCAGAUCUUCCUGCGUCUGCCUCAGAUGGUGUGGAUCUGGCCCGUGUUCGGCCCAGAUGUGUGCCCGAUCAGGGUGUUGUGUGUUCCACAGUCAGCUGCUGUCUGGUCAGCUCUCGACCUGCACUUUAAAACCUGCUGAGUCUAUCCCACGCGUAACUCCACACAUGCAGCAACCCUCACCUAGUGUUAUACAUCAUCUGUGAACAUCUCGUCUUUUCUUUUUGAAUGAAUGUUUUGAAUGUUUUUGUGUGUGUAUAUAUGUGUAUGUAUGUCCCUGCUAAUUUUUCAAUGUUUGUCAUAGCUCAUAUGGUGAAGUCAUUGGUUCUGUAGUUUGUUUUUUUUAAAUCCUGAGAUUUGUAUGGAGACCCAGCAACGCGUUGUACGUGAGGAACGAGUGAGUCAGAGCAGCAUGUCUUGGUCUCCUACUGAACGUGCUGUCUCUGAUUGGUCAUUCUCCACUAACGUCUUGUCUGUCUGUCUCUGAUUGGUCAUUCUCCACUAACGUCUUGUCUGUCUCUGAUUGGUCAGUCUCCACCCCAGUUGGCCUGAUUAUCUGUGAUGCUAAACCUGAGGUAAUCCAGCACUUCUGAAGGAGAUGCCAGUCGUGUUUGUCGUUGUCAUGCCAACCUAGAGGUCUGCUACACUUUUUGGGUGCAAGUGCUGUGCCCGCUGGCUGUAGAACUGAACAAGUCUUCUCCUUUCACAGAGACUUUCUGAAUGAAUGAGUCUCUUCUGUGGUCUUAGAGACUCCGUGUUUUUAAAUGAAGAAAGUCUGUUUGUUUUUCUGCCCAACCAGCCGGCUGGUUGAUUCUGUUUUAUAUCUUUUGUUUUGUACAAACACUACUCUUCAAAACCAAGUUUACAACCAACGUAUGUUGUGAUGGUGUUACAACAUGUUGCUUUGAAGUUUAUGAAUCAAUGACAUCCUCUCAUCUAGUGGUGUUCUUCUGUGCCAGCCUGUGGCUAGUCGUUAUCUGGUCAUAUAUGAAUGAAGCUGUUGAAAUGGACGGAGUUCCUGAGAGACUUAUUUAGACGUAUAAAGCUACACUGUAAUGAAGAUAAUGUUACAGAAACGGGGUCUCUCCUGGUAAACUACCUUAUCGUUAUCACAUUAGCCAUACUGUCUCGUGCUAUCCGUGCUCACGCUGGUCAGUAAAUAUUAGUUUGAAGAAGUAGACCUUCAGACAUGACAAAUAUAUCCAGAAGUGUUCUAGAAUGUUGGGACCAAUAUGGAGCUGGUUGGUGUGGACCAAUGAGAGUGAGUUCUGAUGACUUCUGAUGUUCUGAUGACUUCUGGACUCAGCUGAUGGUCUUGCCUCCACUCUGUAGAAUUAUCUGUCCGUUGUCCCUCAUGUUUAGAAUUCUAUGACAUAGAUUUUAUUUCCAGAAUGGUCCUCUGUCUGUGUAACAGAAGUCUAUGUGAAGACAGAGAUGGGUAUUUGGUGUAUACAGUGUUUAAUGUGGUAGGCCCAGGCCAUUUUUCUUAGCUUACAAAUGGAGGGCCGAUCUCAGGUGAUAUGAAGUUAAUUUCAACAGCACAGGAAACCUGCUAAAUAAGUUCCAAAUCUUAUAGAGGUUUAAUUCUUUAUAGAAAGAAUCAAGUGCUAUGCACAAGUCAUAUAUCCCAUAACAUAAGCUAACAUUUUCUCAUGGUUUAGGACAGUAACUUAUGGAAACAGAGUUAUAUCAUUUUAACAAAAUUCAUAUAUAUUUUACAAUAAAUGUUUAGCUAACUAUUUUUUUGAAUUUUAAGAAAUAAAAUUUCAUCAAUUAAA